GCGUCGGACAAGUCGGCGGCGACAGCGCCCGAAACGCCGGCGCCAACACCGACGCCGACGCCGGCACCAACCGCGGUCCUCGAGUCGAUCGAGCUCACCGAAGACGUCCAUAGCAACGGCGUCGGCAACGGCCAAGACGUGCCGUGGAAGCGAGCGCGCUACUACUUUGUCAACAACUGCAGCAUGCCGCUGCAUAUUUACCAGAAACCGGUCGACGUCAAGCGCUGGGGCUUCUGCGACCUCGACGUGGGCCGGUAUGGAUGUGCGUCCAACGAGACGGGCACGAGCUACCACACGCCCACCGCAGGCUUUGACCAAGCCACACUGUUUGAGGUCACGGUCAUGGAGACAGGCCGCGUCGCGUACGACAUUAGCAUCAUUCCUCCAGGGUGCGACCACAACGUCGGCCUGGACAACUGCAAAAAGCACAGCGGCAAAGUCGGCUUCAAUCUGCCCAUGCGCGUCGUGCCACUCAACGCCAAGUGCGAUGUGAUCACGUGCUUGGCCGACGGCUGCGAAGAAGCGUACUUGUACCCUGCAGACAACACCAAGGUGCACACGUGUGUCGACGCCAGCGCAACGUUCCAGGUCACGUUUUGUGCAGCAUGA